AUGUUCAACGCCUCAUUUCAACAACUGUCAAAAACAAUCGCCUCGCUGCUCUUCGCCUACUACUCUUGGACACAGCAUAUACCCGCCGACAAAACCUUUCCCGAUCAGUGUCCAAGGCGCAUCUUCGAGGAACUCUACACAUGCUCCCAGUUUUCAUAUGACUAUGCGCCUGGCCAGAGCCCAGGCAGUUGGGGCUACUGGGACUGGGAGCCUUUGUGCUUUGCCACAGACCCAGAGCAUGAAGCUGCAUCUACAUUCUGUCUAGUCUCGUCAGUGUCAUUUAACAGCGGUCAUGGGCUCAGCAUUGUGGCGAAGAAGGAGACCAUUUUGAACCUCCAUAAAGCCCUGCUCAACAGCGAAGCAGCUUCCAGAGCGAAACCUCACCUCGGCCGUGACAUUCUCGAUGCAUAUGAGAAAAAGAAGGUCCCGGGGAAGGGCGUGGGCAUCCUAGCACGGCGAAAGAUCCAGCGCGGCGAGGUAUUCAUCACUGCAUUGCCAGCAAUCAUCUUUGACAACGAGUUCAGGACCCUGUUAGACACUACGGCGGAAGGACGGGAAGUUUACCAGCGGGCGACAGACCAACUAGCGGACCGACAGAGGGUGAUGGGUUUGACGAAGAGGGUAGGAGGUCAUGCGCUCGAGGAUGUGUUGGGCGUAAAUUCGCAUACAGGGAAUGUCUUUGGGAGGGCCAUGACAUUACUAUAUCCCGAAGUAGCAAGGCUGAACCAUGCCUGCACUCCAAAUGCUCUUGUGCGACUUGCUCCCUCGAGUAUGAUCAUGGAAGUUGUCGCGGCGGAGGAUAUAGCUGAGGGAGAGGAGAUUACCAUCAAUUACCUCUCAUCAGAACUGCUGGAGCUCGCAGCGGAGGAAAAGUUGGGUCCAUCUCUCAUGAAGCGCUACUACCAUGACUUGAUGCGGGUCUUUUUCGAGCAUGAUGAUAUUCCAUCUGCCAUUGCCUACGCGCAAAGGUCUCUGGAGUUGGCCACGGAAUUCGACGGCAGCGAGGAUACUGAUGGGCUCCAGGAGGCAUUGAGGCGGAAUCUGGAAGUUCUUCGAACUUACCUGUGA